AUGUUAAUCGCAGAACUAUAUCGACGGGUUAAUUUAAGUGGAAUUUUUCAAGGUGUUAAUACAGCUGGCGCUCUCUUACCCGGAGCUGUUAGCAAAUGUUUAUAUUGGCAUCGAUCAAUUAAUAUCGAAAAAUUAUUGUCUGUCGGAUUUUCUCAGUUGGGUAGACGUAUGACAUUAGAAAUGAUGAAAAAAAUGUAUGAAUUACCCGAAACAACACACGUGAGAGGCUUUCGUGAUAUGCGCGAAUCUGAUAUACCGAAAGCAUUUACUCUACUUACUCAAGUAAAUAAGAUAAAUCUUUAUAUUUAAUCAAGAAAAUCUUUCUUUCCUUUUGUUAAAGUAUUUAAAAAGAUUUGACCUAUCACCUGUACUCACUCAAGAAGAAUUUCAAUAUCUUUGUCAAAAUCGUUCAAAUAUUGUUAGCUCAUUUGUUGUUGAAGUAUAUACAGAAGACAAGAUUG